AUCAGCGUCGAGGAAGAAGAAGUGGGUGCGACGCCUGAGUGCAGGGUGACACAGUGUUUCCUUUUAUAUGAUUCAAACUUUAUACAGGAAGAAUAUAGGCACGGGUCGACAAAAGCUUGUCUUGGAUUUCCGCACGGUCAUGGAAUCAUAUGACAUUUUGGCAAACCAGCCUGUUGUGAUUGAUAAUGGUUCAGGAGUUAUUAAGGCUGGUUUUGCAGGUGACCAGAUCCCUAAAUACUGCUUCCCAAACUAUGUGGGACGCCCCAAGCAUGUUCGUGUGAUGGCGGGAGCCCUGGAGGGAGACCUUUUCAUUGGACCCAAAGCUGAGGAGCACAGGGGCUUGUUGUCUGUCCGGUAUCCUAUGGAGCAUGGCAUCGUGAAGGACUGGAAUGACAUGGAGAGGAUCUGGCAGUAUGUGUAUUCAAAGGAGCAGCUGCAGACAUUUUCAGAGGAGCAUCCAGUAUUGCUGACCGAAGCUCCACUUAAUCCCAGCAAGAACCGGGAAAAGGCUGCAGAGGUUUUCUUCGAGACCUUCAAUGUUCCUGCACUCUUCAUCUCUAUGCAAGCUGUUCUUAGCUUGUAUGCUACGGGCCGUACCACUGGUGUCGUGUUAGAUGCUGGCGAUGGCGUCACUCACGUUGUGCCCAUCUAUGAGGGUUUUGCCAUCCCACACUCCAUCAUGCGUGUUGACAUCGCUGGAAGAGAUGUUUCUCGGUACCUCCGUCUGCUGCUGCGCAAAGAAGGUUACAACUUCAAUACAUCUGCAGAGUUUGAGGUUGUUCGCACCAUCAAAGAGAGAGCUUGUUACCUCUCUCUCAACCCACAAAAGGAUGAGACCUUAGAAACAGAGAAGGCUCAGUAUGUCCUGCCUGAUGGAAGCACUUUGAAUAUUGGUCCGGCCAGGUUUCGUGCUCCUGAACUCCUUUUCCGGCCUGACCUGAUUGGAGAUGAAAGCUCAGGAAUCCACGAGGUACUGGCGUAUGCCAUCCAGAAGUCCGACAUGGACCUUCGACGCACACUAUUUUCUACGAUCGUGUUAUGUGGUGGUUCAACACUAAUUAAAGGCUUUGGGGAAAGAUUACUAACUGAAGUCAAGAAGCUUGCACCCAAAGAUGUCAAGAUUAAGAUCUCUGCUCCUCAGGAACGGCUCUACUCCACAUGGAUUGGUGGUUCUAUCUUGGCAUCUUUGGACACCUUUAAAAAGAUGUGGGUGUCAAAGAGAGAAUAUGAGGAAGACAGAGCACGUGCCAUACACAGGAAGACCUUCUAAAGUUACUCCAGGACUGUCCUCAGAUGUCCCC